AUGGGCCAGAAGUCUGACACUUCAUUGCAACAGGAAGAAACGGUAAUAAUUACUUGCAAAAAGCAAAUCAAAUCGACACCAACAGACUACAGUUUCAGUUACGGAGUCAAAGAUAUCCACACAGGUGACGUCAAACAUCAAUGGGAGAAGAAAGAAGGAAAUUCUAUAAAGGGUCAAUAUUCACUUGUGGAACCUGACGGAUCCAUAAGAACGGUCGAAUACACUGCGGACGAAAAGAAUGGUUUCAGUGCUAUAGUCAAAAAAAGUGGACCGUUGCAUCAUAUCACAACAAAAGCCAAUGUAGCUCUAAGCCAUAAUAAUGUUGAAGUUAAACAUGGACAAGCGUAUUUGGAGGCUGAAGAAUUGCCCAUAGAACACACUAAACAACUGAAAGAACAAAAAUGCUGA